AUGAAGGCUGAUUUCACCAUCCCUGGCUUCAGGAGCUUCAGUUUUGACACAGGGGAUCAUACAGAGGGAUUUGGGGGUCCCCUCUCCAGUACAGAGGAGUUGGGGUCCCCUCCAGUACAGAGCGAUUUGGGGUCCCCUCCCCAGUACAGAGGAGUUGCUAAUCAGGAGGUACAGGGGCUAGGAACUAGUGUUACUAAUCGGGAGGUACAGGGACUAGGAGCUACUGUUACUAAUCAGGAGGUACAGGGGCUAGGAACUAGUGUUACUAAUCAGGAGGUACAGGGGCUAGGAGCUAGUGUUACUAAUCAGGAGGUACAGGGGCUAGGAACUAGUGUUACUAAUCAGGAGGUACAGGGGCUAGGAACUAGUGUUACUAAUCAGGAGGUACAGGGGCUAGGAACUAGUGUUACUAAUCAGGAGGUACAGGGGCUAGGAACUAGUGUUACUAAUCAGGAGGUACAGGGGCUAGGAACUAGUGUUACUAAUCAGGAGGUACAGGGGCUAGGAACUAGUGUUACUAAUCAGGAGGUACAGGGGCUAGGAACUAGUGUUACUAAUCAGGAGGUACAGGGGCUAGGAACUAGUGUUACUAAUCAGGAGGUACAGGGGCUAGGAGCUAGUGUUACUAAUCAGGAGGUACAGGGGCUAGGAACUAGUGUUACUAAUCAGGAGGUACAGGGGCUAGGAACUAGUGUUACUAAUCAGGAGGUACAGGGGCUAGGAACUAGUGUUACUAAUCAGGAGGUACAGGGGCUAGGAACUAGUGUUACUAAUCAGGAGGUACAGGGGCUAGGAGCUAGUGUUACUAAUCAGGAGGUACAGGGGCUAGGAGCUAGUGUUACUAAUCAGGAGGUACAGGGGCUAGGAGCUAGUGUUACUAAUCAGGAGGUACAGGGGCUAGGAACUAGUGUUACUAAUCAGGAGGUACAGGGGCUAGGAACUAGUGUUACUAAUCAGGAGGUACAGGGGCUAGGAGCUAGUGUUACUAAUCAGGAGGUACAGGGGCUAGGAACUAGUGUUACUAAUCAGGAGGUACAGGGGCUAGGAACUAGUGUUACUAAUCAGGAGGUACAGGGGCUAGGAGCUAGUGUUACUAAGUGCACAAUGUCUGCUAAUGCCUUUGGACUGUGUAUAGUGUGUGUGUGUGUUGGGGGGCUUUGUUGGAGUGAGAACAUACAGAACAACUGA